UCCAAAGUCCAAGGUCGAACACGUCUUCGCGCAAAUCGUUUCCUCUGUUACCGCCUCGGCUCUCUCCCGCCUGAAUCGAGGAGAGAGAGAGAGAGAGAGAGAGAGAAAGCGAGAUGAGGAGGGCUCAGAGAUUGGUGUCUCACACCCUCCGCGGUGUGGCACCCGUUUCGUGUGCCGGCGGAUCUGUGUCCGUCGAUCACUGCGGAAUCGGCGGUUUGCAGCGGGUCGCAUUCUUCUCUUCCCGCACCGGCCCCAUCUUUCUGCCCAAAACCCUAGAAGAAGGAUCGACGAACUGGAGGCCUUCUCUCGCCCUCACCCUAGCCGGUGCUUUGUCUUUCUCUGUCGCCGCCGCGGCCGCUUUCGUCUCUGGAAACGCGGAGGCGAAGGAGCGCCUCCCUCUCGAGCUUACCCCGCGCAACGUCGUGCUCUAUCAGUACGAAGCAUGCCCCUUCUGCAACAAGGUUAAAGCUUUCCUUGAUUAUCAUGACAUUGCUUACACCGUCGUGGAGGUCAACCCCAUCAGUAAAAAGGAAAUAAAAUGGUCUGAUUAUAAGAAGGUUCCUAUACUGACCGUGGAUGGCGAGCCACUAGUUGACUCUUCAGAUAUAAUUACUAAGUUAUAUUCCCGGAUCCAUCCUGAUAGUCAUGCUGUUGAUGACAAUGCAAGUUCUGAAGAGAACAAAUGGCGAAGGUGGGUUGAUGAUCACCUGGUGCAUGUCUUAUCACCAAAUAUAUACAGGAACACUUCAGAGGCCUUGGAGGCCUUCAACUACAUAACAGAUCAUGGAAAUUUCAGCACCAUGGAGAGAGUCAGUGUCAAAUAUGCAGGAGCAGCAGCCAUGUACUUUGUUUCAAAGAAGUUGAAAAAGAGGCAUAACAUCACAGAUGAACGUGCAGCUCUCUAUGAAGCAGCAGAAGCGUGGGUAGAAGCUCUUGAUGGAAGGGAUUUUCUUGGGGGCUCCAAGCCAAAUUUAGCUGAUCUUGCUGUUUUUGGCGUGUUGAGACCGAUCAGAUAUCUGACAGCCGGCAAAGACAUGGUUAAUAACACACGAAUCGGUGACUGGUACGGGAGAAUGGAAGAAGCUGUCGGAGAGUCUGCAAGAAUUAAAUCCUGAGAUUGAGUUGCACGUAAUCUCUUAGCCCCUUAACAGCUUCUGGCACGGUGAUUUUUCCACGAAGAAACUUUUUAUGAGGAACUGAAGUUCUAAAAAUUUUGAGAUUGUUUAUUUUAAACAUUUCAAAUGAGGUAAAUCCUGAUUCGGGGUCUCGUCAAUGUAUACUAUCCCAUAAAAGUUUGGAGAAUGCUCUCCUUGUCAAAUUUUCUUUGUUUUCCGGAUGAUAGCAUAGUGGAAAUAAUGAAGCGGUUUUUAUGAUACUU